AUGGUAAAUAAGGACAAGAAUCAGAAUCACCUGGGACAAGAAGUUUUACCACAGAAUCAGCCUAUAAGCCUGAUUGUAAACUGCAGAUCUAUUGUGGACAAAAAAUUAGAGUAUGAAAAUAAGGUAACAUCAACAAACCCAGAUAUUAUAAUUGGAACCGAGUCUUGGUUAAAACCUAAACAUUUUGAUAAUGAAAUUUUCCACCCAGACCUUGGUAAAUACACCCCCUACAGAAGAGAUAGGAAGAAGCAGGCUGGGGGAGGAGUAUUUAUUGCUGUUAAAAACUGCAUUAUAGCACAAGAAGCUACCAACCUCCAAACUGAUUGUGAAAAUCUAUGGGUCAAAAUUGAAAUGCAAGGUUCCAAACUACUGCUUGUUGGUUCUUACUACAAACCUAAAGAAAAUGACCCCUAUAGCCUGGAUGAGUUCAAUAAAUCUCUAUCCAUGGCUACAAAGUCAAAUGCAACAGAAUGGGUAGGCGGGGACUUCAACAUGCCAAAACUUGAUUGGUCAAAUAUUACUCCAACCCAAGACUGCAAACUUCAGUCACACUAUAGAGAUUUUAUUAACAUUCUUUUUGAUAAUAACCUUACUCAAGUAGUCAAAGACCCAACCCGAGAAAACCAUAUCUUAGAUCUGUUCCUGACAAAUAACCCCUCCAUUGUAAACAGAGCCAACGUAAUCCCAGGUAUCAGUGAUCACGAUGCUGUUCUGGUCGACACAAAUACCUCCGCCCGUAUAAAGCUCCAAAAACCCCGUAAAAUCCACUUAUAUAAUAAGGCAGACUGGGACGGUCUUAUGUUACAUAUGCCCAACCUUCAUGAUUCUCUUACCAGGUCAAAAAGUUAUUCCAACAAAUCAGUGGAAAAGUUAUGGCAAACAAUCUCCAGCUCAAUUGAGGAAGGGGUCAAUACUUUCAUCCCAUCAAAAUGGUCAUCCUCCAAAAAUAAACUCCCUUGGAUCAAGGUCAACCUCAAACGUCUAUACAGGAAAAGGAACAAAGCCUACAAGCAGUACAAGAGCCAUAACUCAAAUAAAUCUAGAGAAAAAUAUCUCAGCAUUAAAAAUCUCUGUAGAAAAGAAACUAAGUUAGCCUAUCAAAAUUACUUAGAAGAUAUACUAAACAUUAACAACAACAUCACUCAAGAACAUGAACAAACACAAACCAGACCAAACACCAAAAAGCUAUAUUCACUAUUAAAACACUCAAAACAAGAUUCUUUUGGCAUUGACUCACUAAAAAAAACACAAUAA